GAGCGGCAAACAUAGCAGCAAGCCAGCAAGAGUGGAAAAGAAACAAACGGCCACACCCAGACGGGGAAGACAGCGAGAAACGGGGGCGACCUUCCCAACAGCAGCAAAGCGACCGAGCUACCUCCCCGUCGUUUCCGGCUCUCCUCUCUCCUCCCCUCUGCCCGUCUCCCGCGCCCGCGGCCCAGCCGGCUCCUCCUCGCUCGGAGUCGGAGUCGGAGCCAGCAGGAGGCAUCGCGACGUCUCGCGCCAUGCGGGAUCGCGAUCUGCUAGGGUUUCCUCCGGCGGCGGGCGCGGCCAUGUCGUCGGCCGCGGCGCUCCUCCUCCUCCCACUCCUCGCCGCCGCGGGCGAGGGGGCGCCGGUCUCGGUCUGCGCGCCGCCGCCCGCCGCCGCCGUCAUCCUGCGGCACGCGUCCACCUCCUGUCGGACGGUGGACGCCCUGGGGCUCCGGGGCCACCGCGCCGGCGUCGUCGAGGGGGAUGAUGGGGCGCUGCAAAAGGCAGUAGCACUUGUGCUGCAGAACAGGGAAGAUUUUGUCGCUAUUCUUUUUUAUGCUUCGUGGUGUCCUUUUUCUAAAAUUUUCUGGACAGAUUUUCAAAAGCUGUCAUCCUUUUUCCCAACAAUUGCUCAUUUUUCUUUUGAAGAAUCUAAUAUCAAACCAAGAGUAUUGUCAAGGUAUGGGGUUCGUGCAUUCCCGACAAUUUUCCUUCUUAACUCUACAGUGCGUGUGCGUUAUCAUGGAUCUCGGGCCAUGAAUUCCCUCGCUGUGUUCUAUAAAGAUGUUACAGGCCUGAAUCCUGUGUCAUUGGACGCCACAUCCCUGGAGAGAAUGGAGGAUACAGUUACUAUAAUUGAUCACGACAAAAAGACUGAAAAGGAGGAUUCUCUGUUAUCAUGGGCAAGAUCACCAGACCGGUUACUUCAUCAAGAUACAUGUCUUGCAUUGGCUAGCUCCUUUGUCCUCUUGAGGUUGCUUCAUUUCCUUCUUCCCAAGAUUAAUGCAUGUAUGAAGCAAGCCUGGAGGACACGACUUUAUGAAUUGAAUAGGUUGUUUCCUAGCUUGUCUUGAGGAAGGCAAUGUGAACUCGAAACUUGAACUGGCUCUCUAAUAAGGCAGCACACUUAUAAGAAGUGAUGCAGACAGCAAACCGGAUCAUGAGGAAGCCACUGGUUAAUACACAUUGGUGGCUCAUGGCUGAGUAGUGAAAAUAUACUGCUACCAACUCUGUAUACCUUAAAGGUCAGAAGGUCUCAUCAAUGGAUGCACUGCUUUCCAUCCAUGUCGAACUCAUUCCAUGUCAACUAUGUAUGGUCUUACUGCAAUCAUAUGUGACGUUCUUGGAAAUUGCUGACUCAAUGGUAGUCAUGUGUACAAUUGUACCAUUAGCCAUCUCCGUCUGAGUUCAGAUUUGUAUCUUGGUGUUACUCCUGAUAAACAAAAAAAGACAUGUAUUCUAAGAAAGAUCGUUCAUUUAUGUUAGUCAUAGGCAUGGUUGAUAUGUUUGUGAUCCAAUAGAAGUAGGUCAAGUCUAUACCUUUUGUUUUCCCAUUCUGUUGACCCACCGGGUUGUUAUAGUAGUAAAGUUUGCUGGCUGUAAAUGGAAUUGCUGCCUCAUUUUGCAGGCGAUACAAUCUUAUUUGACGCAGUAACCAUUAACCAAUGUAUUUUAUCAA